AUGGCUAUGGAUUUGAAGCUCGAGAUCGACGACAGGUUCAGCCUCGGUGCUCCCCAGUCCUUCUCAUGCCCUUCAACAAGCAGCAGCUUCUCAUCUGCCUCGUCCUCCUACGACCCUUUCACGCCUACCUCGGGCCGUUCGUCUCCUACUCGACGCCCCUCGGUCGACUUUGAGUCGUCUUUCUACUCUGACCCGGCCGGAUUCGAUAUGACUCCUCCCUCAUCAGCUGUGUCUAGCUAUUUCCCCAUUCACCACCACAUGAAGAACGACAUGGAGCCCGACUUCCUGCCCAACGGCAUGCCAGUCACUCCUAGCCGGUACGGAAGCAAUAUGCUCGAUGCCACUCUUGCUUCCCACAGCUGGCAUGGUCCCCUCACCCCUACCCACAGCAUGGACAUGUACUCCUUUGCCGAGUCCAUGGGCUCCUCUCCCUUCAUGGUUCCCACGCCAGCUCACUCUAUCUACAAUGGCAACUCCUGCGAUGUCCCAACUCUCUGGUCCAUGGGCAUGGACAGCCCAGUCACCUUUGAGAACCACCCGUCUCCGCUCAAGUCUAUGAGGGACGACGGCAGCCCCUUCGCUUUCAACCGCCCGCGGAGGAGACUGUUUAUGGAGGAUGCCCAGCAGAAGUCGAACGUCCUGCAAAGAGUGCAGCAGGCCGCCCACAUGCCCCUCAGGUCGUCGGGCAAGCGGGACCGCACCGGUGCAGUCGUCUCCUCUGGUCACAACGGCGUCUCAGUCCAGAGGAUCGCCGCUGGUGCUUUCAAGUGCGACGUUCCCGGCUGCAGCUCCAAGCCCUUCAAGAGGAUGGAACACCUCAAGAGGCACAUUGAUACCACCCACAAGAACAAGAAGAACUUCCCUUGCAAGUACUGCUCGCACAAGUUCAACCGCCAGGACAACUGGCGCCAGCACCUGAAGCUUCACACCGAGAAGAGGGGCCGCAACUCAAGGACCACCUACCACCCCGAUGCUCUGCAAGAUCUCGAGGACGAGCAGAAGCGUAUCAAGCAGCGCCGCCCCACCAACAAGGAGAAGGAUGACGACGAGAUCUGCAGCGAGCUAUGA